CAUUGGCCCAGGCCCAUGUUCACUGAAAGUGUCCGUAAACACAACAGGCUUAGAAAUAGAAGCUCAUCUCAUGGGGAAGGGUCGAUCUUCCUGCACACAAGAUACUGCAGCAACUACACCUGAAGCUUCAUCAGAAAUCUGCAUCACUUGGAAAGGGCACGUUGGCCAACUCUACAUAACGCGAGGUGAUGUUGUCAAGUCAUAUUCAGCUGCCUUGUCCACUGAAGGGAAAUGUUGCCAACGUUUCACUCUCACCACUAACACUUCACACAAUAAUUCACCAUGGCUGAGAGACAUUAUUUACGUAAAUCAAUCCAACUUCCAUCCUGUUCACAUGGAAAAAGCUUCUUAUUUGGAAUUUACUGCAUCUGAAGGAGCGUGUGAAACACCAUUUGCUGAUUGCAUAAAUCAGAAAAACAACUUGAAUGAACUCACAAACAAAGGGCAGUUGACAGUAAAUGAUGCUCGCUAUGCAAUGUUACUGACCAACAGAAUCCUGGAGGAAUGUAAUGAGAGUUCUUCAGUCAGACUGGAGUCUGAUCUACGUCAGGUCCUGAAGGAAAUGGAUUUUACGAUGGACAGUCAAACCUUUGUACUUCCUAAUGUCAAAGCUGCUGUGAUCAAUCCGCGUCAGAGUGGUUCUUCAGAAUUUCAGGUUACUGCCAAUUUCUCUUGGGUGGGCCCUGAUGGUCAGGCGAAGUUCACUGCUGUUCGCAUUUUUUUGACAUUUCAGUUACCUCUGUCCAGGGAUGCAAGGGCCGUUGUCAUUCAGUUGCAGAACCAAACGCCAAUCCAGGGCCAGGAGAGGAAGCUCACUUCUCCCGAUGUAACAAUUCAAGUGGGGAGUUCGACUAUUGAUGAUCUCAGUGCCCCUCUGACAGUUACAUUUCAAGAACUGACUUUCUUGCCAAAUCCCACGCCAUGCCAUGUUUUCAGUUCAAGUGGAAAUGCCACCUUCGAUCAGUAUGGAUGUAACACCGUCCAGAAUGGAGUGAAUAACAAAAUGGAUACGAUCACUUGCAGAUGUCACAUCCUGAGUUUCUUCUUUGAAUUAACACUGGAAUUGAAGGAUAUUUUUGACAUUUUUCCAAGUAAUGAACCAUUUAAAAUGACAACAUGGAGUAACCAUACUAUUCAUGUCGAUGUCACCACACCAGUGACAGGCAGCCCUUGUGAAACACCCCUGGAAUCAACCACCAGCAUGUUCUCUUCAGCAGGUAACAAUCCGACUACUCAGAAUUUGGAUCCCAACCAAAUGUGCCGUGACAUGAAACAGCAACUGACUUCCAGGGAAAAUAAUACGAGCAACUUUGAUUCAGUGAACAACUUCGUCGAAAAAUGUUUAGGUGUCGUUCGAGAUAGUUCAACUCUGGAGAGAAUACUCGCACAGAUAGAAAUCGAAGGAGAAAAUCAAUCCUUCUCCUUGCCAAAUUUCUUUGCUCACAUCCAAAAAAUAGAAGCUGACCAGUUUGCAGGACUUCACUUUCCUACAUCUGAUUUGAUCCAGCAGAAAAAUAUCUCGAGCUUGAUCCGAAAUGUUGAAAUUGAAUUGCCUCCAACUCUUCUGGACAGCGUUAAAGCACAGACAAAUGCCCUUAUAGCUAGAAUCAUUUUUGUUAUCUACGGAGAUACAAAACGUUUCCAGACUGAAAAUAACAGCACCGUAUUAAACAAUCUCGUAAGUGGGAUAGAAGUGGUGAAUGUCACCAUUGAAAAUCUCCAAGACCCAGUGAUCAUUGUCUUUCAGAAUACAACCUUACCGAAUAAGACAAUUGCAAAAUGUGUCUUUUGGGAUUUCAAAAACGGCAACACAAGUCUUGGUACUUGGAGUGAGUCUGGUUGUACGACAGAAUUUCAGCCUCAUAACAUCCGCUGCAAGUGUAACCACUUGACUUCAUUUGCUGUGUUACUGCAGGAUGUUAUGGCCUUCAGGAAAACCCGCAAGAGUUCCCUGGUUCUAAGCAAUUUGAAUGGAAUGAUCCUGGCUUUCGCCUCUCCACUGCCAUUACUUUCUGUGGCCGGAAUACUUUGUAAACAGCUAAAGAACUUCCAAAGUUCCUGCUCAUAAAGAGACACGAACAUAACUUUGCAACGAGAUGUGAUAAUAUGUGUAUUACUGCAUCGUGAAUGCACAGAGCAAACGUACAGAAUAUCUUCUUGCAGUUACACGUUUGGCUCUGAAGCUCGUCUUCCUUUGUUAGAUUGUUUAUCACUGUCAAUGGAUUCUAAUCUCGCAUUAAUCACUGCUCAGCUUGGAGUGUGGGUGAAGAUAAAGGAGAAACUAAAUCAUUCCUGUCUUAAUGAUGCACUGCACCCACUUUGUGAGAAAAAUGGUGAGAAGUAGUUCUCAAUCUUGAUCCAGGAAGGCAUAUACUUUGGAAUUAAGUGUGAGAUUUGCUGGAUAUGUAGACAGUUUGAAAUAAUCUGAAUUCUUGACGUAACACAUCAAUAUACAAAUUAUCCCUGAUGAUCGCACGUUUGGUGAGAAUUUGCUUGUAUAAUA